GGGUCCAAAUGUGUGGACUCUAUCGGCGUGCGCAGGGGUCCAUACAACUCCCUGACCGUGCCCAUUGAAUGGUUGCAAUUAUGAAAUUGUUUCCGUCGAUUCUCUCUGAUAGAGCAUCUUGCCACUCCGUCGGAUUCCGCCCUCCAGUAGCCUCGCGCCAUUGAUGUUAUGGACUCCACCAACAGGAACAGCUGCUUCUCCGUUGAGGCGCUGUGUGCAGAGCUCCACCAUUGCAGUUGCAUUUGUGCUUCUUCUUGGCGCGGCUGUAUACACGCUGUACGAACCCUAUGAUGGAUCCAAGAUUGGGUUGUUGUUCAAGUUCCCCAUCCCGUUCGGCUCCAGCAGAAGAACAUGGACGAAGCCGAAGAUUUUGGCAAGGGACCCUUUGCACCAGGCGAAGGAAGACACGGAGGGUUCGUCCCGUGAGUUCUCAACACCUCGAGAGAAGUUCUUCCUGGCGAUGCUGUGUAAGUCCUCACCAGGGAACUUCCAGCGGCGCAGCUCCCUUCGUCAGCUGCUUGGCACACAGCUUCAGAUCAUGAGCCGCAUUGCAGCGAAGACCCGCAUGGCAGGUGACGAAGACGUGGAACCCCCGAAUCCGAAAGCCAACAAUACGCCGACCAACACCAUCCCCACUGUGGGACGUUCUGGCAGUAGCGAGUACGUCGAUCGCUUUCUGUUCUACUUCGUAAUGGGCCGACUCGCCCUGGACGCUGGUGUUGAGAGUGAUAUGAAACAAGAAUCUAGCAAGUAUUCUGAUCUUCUCCUCGGUGAGUUUGUGGAUAGCUACGAACGUCUGACCCGAAAACUGAUCUGGAUGCUUACGUGGUUGGAAGAAAUGGUGCACUUCGAGUUUGCCUUACUGCUGGACGAUGAUGUGUUCAUCGAUCUAAAUCUGCUGGCACAGGCAAUUCACGAUGGUCCCAGCGUGCAUCUCUACGCAGGAGGAUCAUCAACUAGCUUACGCUCGCGCGUUAUCCGAGUCCAGAAACACCGCUGGUACGUUCCGCGGGAGGUGUACCCCAAGGACACCUACCCUCCCUACCAUGUCGGAGUUGGUGUUGUGCUGAGUGAAGAUGUCUUACAUGCCUGUCUGCCUCUGAUUCCCAAUGUAACUGUGUUUGGCGUUGAUGACGCCUAUCUGGGUAUUGUAAUGGAGGAGUGUGGAAUAAAGCCGACGCGGAUUGAAGGCAUACUGAAGAUGGCCAGUCGGUGCCUGGAUGGCAGCCGGCCCAUCAUGAUAGGAAACAUGCCAGCAGACACACUUCUCAAAGUCACACUUAGCUAUGCUGCAUACCCGCAGUAUCAUUAUACGUGCUGAACGCUCGCCAUGCCAAAAGGCAUGCAUCCUUGAUGCAUCCUUGAUAUCCAUACUGUAUCAUUUCGACUAUGUCAGAUUUUUUUAAGGUGCGGGCAUGUGACAGACAUGGGGCGGAGCUAAUUUCAGGAAAUGCUGUAAUUGGCAAAUUUCUGAUUCAAGAGGGAUUAGAAAUUUAGAAUACAUUUAUUUGUGCAUGCAGAUCAGUUGUCUGUGUUUGAAAAACUGCAGUGAGUGUUCAUGCGUCUCCUUGGUUCUGUGAAUCUGAUGAGAAGGCGAUGAAAAUACAUGUAGUGCCAGUGGAA